GUGUGCAAAAUUGAUUUGUUUGGAUUAACUGCGGAGGAAAAGGAGAUAAUCGGUGUCGUGAAAAAUGUGUCCGAGGCAAAGAGUAUCAAGAGCUUCGAUAUCUUCCACAUAUUAGCGGAAUAUAUCACGGAAUCCUGUUUGUUGGAUUUGAUAUUGCCGUUGAAGGAGGUGCUAGUGAAAACGCACUCGCAUAAAACAAUACAUAAAAUUGUGGAAUGCCUGCGAAAUAUAAGUCUAGGUUUGGCUGACAAUACUUACAUCCCGAUGGAAAAGAUGCUCAUAUUUCUCUACGGUAUUAUCUCGGAAAGUAUACCGGCUCUUAUGAGUGAGAAGGAAUGUAAGAAGCUCGCGAAGGAGGAAGCAAAAGUAUUAGAAUUCCGACAGAAACAGGAUUGUUUUAUUAUACCGCCAGAACCCAAAAGCAGGAUGGGUAUUAAAGCUGCAGCGAAAACCACUAAGAACGCUAAUGUUCACGUAAUGGUGGAAUUCGGUCUGAAGCUUUAUCAUAUCCUAUUGAAACGAGAAAAAGUUACC